GUGUGUGAAUAAGUGUGUAUAUGUAUUUAUAUAUAUAUGAACUACAACUCGGCGGAGAGAAAUAAUAAACAGAGACGUACACGCACGUAGUGAGCAGUGACGAAUGGUAGUUCCGUUUCAAUUAGUAGUCGGUUUUCCAACAGCAGGCGAGGAUUUACACAAGCGACCACGUCGGUUACAUAAAGAGAGUUGCAACUAGAGCGGCCGUCGUUUCCUUCGACAACAUCAACGUAUACAUCUACUACAUCAACGUCGGUGCGGUGGUGUUCUUUUGUGCUGUGCCUUUCGGAGGAUCAAUUUAGGAGCCUGCCCUGCAUAUGACCGGUAAUCCUCCGCCUUUCGAUCACUUGCGUCGGUUCCGCUGCAUGUUAACAACCACCCAGUAACUACUACUACUACUUCUAUCCAAGUUUUUCAUCGCAAAUUCUCUCCAGGAAAAUAGAGGAUUUACUGCUUCCCUGUAUCCUGCAAAUCGUUAUCCUUCGGCGGAAAGUGCUGUCCGAGUUUACCGAGAAUAUCGUACAGUUGUAGUAAUAUAGUAUAGUACAGUUCACGUAUAUGCCUUGAUAUUAUGACCGUGAAAGAGAACGAUUUAUCGGUCGCCAUCUUUUCGCCCGCGACUUUUUCUAUCGCGAUGCAUGGGAAUUAAGCGUUUUUGCACCGGAGAGGCGAAAAGUACGGUCCACAGAGUGCGCUCCACCGGAUCGGCACCGGCCACGACCGGAUUCCCAUAGCAUAAAGGAUCGAAUGGGGCGCCAUAAAUGUUGGAGUGAUGGCAGAUAACCGGUGUUUCUCAGGAGGCGGUGAGUCAAAGUUUAUGCAUCCCCCCAUGCGCGUAUCUCGCCCUUUCGGCGCUGGCGUGAAGAUGGAGCAUUUCCAGGCGGCGCUCGACCCCCGGAAACAGGAGCUCCUCGAGGCGCGCUUCAUUGGCGCUAGGAUGUCAGCUGGUUCCCAAUUACAGAUGGCACCCCAGUCGACAGUAAACACAACCCAACCCGUUCAUAGCCAAGACUCCAAUAUGAGUACAGGUUCCUCUCACAGUGAUAAAGAGCUGGACCCUAAUACUCCGGAGAAGGUGCCCAGGACGCCUACCGAAAGGAAGCGCAAAAGGAAGGUUGACGAUGGCGGCGGGGGAACGAUCACGAAGGGCGUUAGGACCAAUUCGACCGAGAAAAAGGCCGUGGACUACUUUAAUACCAAACACACAAGUAAUAGCCCUAUCAGACAUGGAGGCGCCAAAAGUCCCUCGCCACAGCAAACCCCCUAUCCAAUGUUCCCACCGUCGCAGCAGCAACUACCUUCGCCGCAGGUGUCGGCCAACUCUGUUCCUUUCGAAUUCUACCAAAAGCCACUAACCCCUAGAGUUCCAUUACCCGCUAUGGUUAGCAAAUUAGUACAGGUGGUCCAGACUGAUUUGACGUGUCAAAGGAUACAGGAAUUUGAGACGCAAGCUUCUACGGAUCUGGAAGUGCGAAACGUUAAGAUCGAGGAGCUGAACAGGUCAAAUGACGAACUGCGGCACCAACUGACGGCACAACAGAAGACGAUGGAUCAGCAUAAGCAGCAUAUUGCCAAGUGUAUAGAUGUGGUGAAGAAGCUGCUAAAGGAGAAGAGCUCGAUCGAGAAGAAGGAGGCGCGACAAAAAUGCAUGCAAAAUCGGUUGCGGCUUGGACAAUUCGUGACGCAACGAGUAGGAGCGACGUUCCAGGAGAACUGGACGGACGGACACGCUUUCCAAGAGCUGGCGCGAAGACAGGAAGAGAUUACGGCGGAGCGGGAAGAGAUUGACAGGCAGAAGAAGCUGCUGACCAAGAAGAGGCCGUCGAACAGUGAGGGCGGCAGGAAGCGGAACAACUCGUCGGCAUCCUCCACCCUACACAACGGCACGGAUAACACGUUCCUGAAGCCGGACGCGGUGCCCGGAUCCUUCACCAUCCAGGAGUACUACGAGGCGGACGAGAUCCUGAAGCUGAGGCAGAGCGCCCUCAAAAAGGAGGACGCCGACCUGCAGCUCGAGAUGGAGAAAUUGGAGCGCGAACGCAACCUGCACAUACGCGAACUGAAGCGGAUCCACAACGAAGACCAGUCCCGGUUCAACAACCAUCCCGUUCUCAACGAGCGGUACCUCCUUCUCAUGCUCCUAGGCAAGGGCGGUUUUAGCGAAGUUCAUAAAGCCUUCGACCUUAAGGAACAAAGGUACGUCGCCUGCAAAGUGCACCAACUCAACAAAGACUGGAAAGAGGAUAAGAAGGCCAACUAUAUUAAGCACGCUUUGAGGGAAUACAAUAUUCACAAGGCAUUAGACCAUCCGAGGGUGGUCAAACUUUACGACGUCUUCGAAAUAGACGCCAACUCAUUUUGUACAGUUUUGGAAUACUGUGAUGGACACGACUUAGACUUUUAUCUUAAGCAGCAUAAAACUAUACCAGAGCGGGAGGCACGUUCAAUAGUGAUGCAAGUGGUGUCCGCCCUUAAGUACCUGAAUGAGAUCAAGCCGCCUGUGAUCCACUACGACUUGAAGCCCGGAAACAUCCUACUGACUGAGGGCAACGUAUGUGGAGAGAUCAAGAUCACGGACUUUGGUUUAAGCAAGGUAAUGGACGAGGAGAACUACAAUCCCGAUCACGGUAUGGAUUUGACGUCACAAGGAGCCGGUACCUACUGGUAUCUGCCGCCCGAGUGUUUUGUGGUCGGGAAAAAUCCUCCGAAGAUAUCAUCAAAAGUGGACGUGUGGAGUGUGGGCGUGAUCUUCUACCAAUGUCUGUACGGCAAAAAGCCAUUCGGCCACAACCAAUCGCAGGCAACCAUCCUAGAGGAGAACACGAUUCUGAAAGCAACCGAGGUUCAAUUCGUCAACAAGCCAGCUGUGACCAAUGAGGCCAAGAGUUUUAUCCGAAGUUGCUUGGCGUAUCGGAAGGAAGACCGCAUAGAUGUCCUGUCGUUGGCAAGGCACGAAUACCUCCAACCGCCUAUGCCCAAACACUCCAGGCUAACCUCCAGCGUGGCACAGCAACAACAGGUCCAGCAGCAGGCGGCGGUCCAGCACAAUUCCCAGCAUUCAUCCCAGCAACAGAAUCCUGGUUCAUUCUCGACCGGUCUCUUCGGCACGAUGAACGCUUCCUCGUCGUCUUAGUGUGCGCUGAAAAGUGGCGGUGCUCCGAUGUGCGCGAACCGGAAACGGAAACGGACGUCACAUGCGCGUUUCUGAACGGAGGACGCUACUAAACACACGAACAACUUGAAAACUGAAAGUAAUAGAACAAGAAACAAACAAUAAUUGUGAUCGUGCGCGCGCCACUCGGCAAACAAACAAACAACAACAAACUUUUAUUUUAUUUUUUUCGAAAAGCAAAAUGGUUUAAACAAAUGGAUUUAAAUUACUCUCUCUCUCUAUAAUCUAAACACACACACAACACACAAAUACAUGAAAA